AACAUGACAUGCACAGAAAACUGGUCGUCCUGCAAUGGUUUUUUUCUGCUGGUGCUGGCUUUGUUGGCUAUCGCAUUUAAUUUAACUCCACUUGUUGCUGAUUAUGUAGAAGAUGGGAAACUCUUCUAUAGUCCAAUUUCAUGUUACGAGUGGUGGCUUCCAGGACUGGUUGGCGGAGGCUUACUUGUUUUACCAGCCGUAUCAAUGACCUUGGCAGCAAGGAAGAAAGGGAGCUGUAAUAAUAGGGCAGGUAUGCUGACCUCCUCGCUCUUGAGUAUCGUUAGCAUUAUAGGAUCUGCUUACUGCACUGUGAUAUCCAUCUAUGCUAUCAGUAAAGGACCUCUUAUCUGUGAGAAAGGAAAAAAUACUUUGGAUUAUUGUGAUUACACGCUGGUUAAUCUCAGCUCUACUCACCUCCAAAACCUGACAUUUGACCUGGCCUGGUUUACGAAUGGUACCUGCCGACCUACUCCAUCAGUUGGUAACAACGUGACAGUCUUCGCACAGAAUUGGCUUCCCGAUUUUGAUCUAAAUUUUCAAAUUGAUGAAGACUCUCAGAAGAUUAUCCACAUCACAGUGUUUGUGGGUUUGGCCAUUGUGGGGCUGCUACAGGCCAUAGUGGCCCUAAGUCAGAUUGUGGCAGGUCUAUUUGGUUUCCUUUGUGGAACCUCAAAACGCAAUGCCAAUGGUAAUUUCAACUAUGGCUACAGAGACGAUUAA